CUUAUCCACCCUUAUUGAAGGGUCUUGGACACUCCCUUAAGCCCCUCAUUCGAACUCCCAAGGAUAAGGGAGAAAGAGAGAGCCACACAACCAAGAAAGCAAGAGGAAGGGGAAGCUGCCGCAGGUUCGUUUUCCAGUGCGUAAGGUUACUUGUUUGCUUCAUAUCUCGAGUUAUACACAUCCAAAUAAGGCGUGCGAGAUACCCACAGAAAGCUCUCAAGACGAGGAAUCCGUGAAGGUCUGGUUUGCAUCAAUCGGAGUAGUGGAAAGCUUUCAAAUCGUCCGAGCAAAACACAACCUCGCGGAAUACGUUUUUGUAUUCAAAGUAAGUUUGAAUCCAAAACCUUCCUCUCUAUUGUCUAAACCAUAUAAAUGAUUGAAGAACUAUUAUACACUGAUUGAAGUGUAUAAAAUGUUAUUAUAAAGUGACUUUAAUUGUUGGAAAAGUUAGAUACUAAUCUAGACAAAACCUUGAAAGGUUAGGGAACGAUUUCGUCGGGAAACACCCGUUCUAGGGACUGUUUUUGUGUCUUCGGUUAGGAGUUGAACUAGCACUUUUAAGAGGCUGUUUAACACUCAAUUCCAAGCAAGGAAUCAGUCCUCAAUCUUUCUUGGCCGAGGCUUUGGUCAUUGGAUCGAGAAGGAAAGUUUUAAAGCUCAUUUGAGUUUCAGGUAGGAGUUGAGCUCGCUACAAAUACUCGUUGCUUCAAGGGAGGAUCCAGGAGGGAAGACGUGGUUCGUGCUUCCUCCGUUUCUGUUUUUAAAACAAUUACAUUAAUGCUCAUGGAUAUUAUUUUUGAAUAAUUAUUUGAGGGCUUGUAUGCCCAUGUUCGCCAAAGUGUGGCAUAAACACUUUAUUAAAUGUUUCCGCUGCUUUAAUUAAUUAUUUCACAUUAUGAUUGUUUAUGGAUGUACUAUUGUGAAUGGUAUUCAAGACGCCUUGUAUGGUAUGGAUGAGUUGGACUGCGGUUGACUAUUCGUACUGUACGGCGGGUUGUUGACGUGUCCGGUAGGUCCGGGGCGUGACAAUUUAAUUGGUAUCAGAGCCUUAGUCCGUAAACUUCAUAAUGAAGCUUCAAAAUCCCUUUUGAAAAUGAUUUUGAAAACCAUGAGCAUAAAAGUUUUGUACUUAUAGAACUUUUGGUACUUGAGUUGCAAAGUCUCUAAUUGUUAAGAUGGUACCCUUAACAAUUGGUAUGACGGUGAUUUGAGCCAAAAGAUGUCUUUAAGUACCUAUCCGUCACUUGACAUUUGAUACGAGCCUAAUGGCUCAUUCUAAACUUCUUUCAGAAAUGGAACGCACCGGUAGAGUGACUCGACGGAACCCGACUGGCCAGGUGCUGGGAGGAUCCCAACGUGGCAGUCAGGGGGGAUCAAGAGAGUCUGGGGGACAGGGCCGAGCAGGCCACUCGCUGACCGUGAGUGACGGUCACGUGGAAACAAUAGAUGAGCACUAUGAGUCCGAGGAGGAUUCAACUUACCAACCGGGAACUGAGCCGGUUGACACCCCAUAUGAUGGGGAACACGAUGAUGCUAGUGAUGAGAGUGAUGAUAAUGACGCUCUUGAACGGAUUGAGGAAUUGCUCCGGCAAUACCAACAAGAUCGCCAAAGGCGCCGGGCAAGGCGUGCUUUGGAAGGGGCUUCGAGGAGAGGAAGCCGCGCGACUCCUAGGGAGAGCAUUGAACUCCGAGGAGGUCGAGGUGCCGAGGUUCCUAUCAUAAGGAUCUCAAAGUACCUAAAGGAGGCAAGAGACUUGGGAUGUAAACCGUUUGAUGGAACGGGAGACAUCUCCGUGGCGGCCGAGUGGAUCAAGAGAUUCAAUGAAGCGGCCCUUGAUAUGCAGCUGCCACCCCAUAUGAAGAUGAGAGUGGCAACAAGAUUGCUAGAAGGAAUGGCGUCCACGUGGUGGGACGGUGUCAAAGGGAAGUACGGUGAGGCGGUCACUUGGGAGAACUUCAGGCAAGAAUUCUUUAGCCAAUACUACUCCGACUUCGAGGUGAACUUGAAGAGGAGGGAGUACACGAAUUUGACCCAAGGAGGGGAAUGCACGGUGAAGGAACUUGAACACAAGUUCAGAAAGCUUGCUGAGUUCAUACCGGAGUACAUUUGUGAUGAAAAUCGGAUGGUGAACCAUUUCUGGGAUGCCUUGGACCUUGACAUACGUGAGAGGGCAACACAAUUGCCUAAUAUGACAUUUAGUCAAGUGGUGGAACAAGGUUUGAAGGGAGAGAAGGAGUGGGAAGAGAGGAAGCGAAGAAAUGCCGAGGAGGCAAAGAAAAGAAAAUGGGAGAACCAUGGCCCCCAAGGUUCAAACAAGAAGAUGAAUCACGGGGGAGGAGGAUCCUUCAGGGCACCCGCACCACCAUCAAGGGGGAAUUCCAACAUGGGUGGGAAAAACUCGGGGUUACAAGCCUCGACGAAGCCUAAGUGCAGGAAUUGCAAGAGAAAUCACGAGGGCAAAUGUCGUGAUCCCCCACGGUGCUACCAAUGCGGAGAUACGGGGCACAUAAGGCCCAAUUGCCCUCAACUUGGUGGGGACCGGUCAUCAGGACCAAGCAGUGCAACCACAGUGAGUAGAAACCGGGAUGGGGCACCAAAUGCAAGCGCGGGCCACGGCGGGGCAAGUACAAGCAACGCACCCUCCGUGAACCAAGGAAGAACUCAAGCGAGAGUGUACGCAAUGACCGAGGCAGAUGCUCGGGCUAAUCCCGACUCCGUCGCAGUUUCAGGUAGGAGUUGAGCUCGCUACAAAUACUCGUUGCUUCAAGGGAGGAUCCAGGAGGGAAGACGUGGUUCGUGCUUCCUCCGUUUCUGUUUUUAAAACAAUUACAUUAAUGCUCAUGGAUAUUAUUUUUGAAUAAUUAUUUGAGGGCUUGUAUGCCCAUGUUCGCCAAAGUGUGGCAUAAACACUUUAUUAAAUGUUUCCGCUGCUUUAAUUAAUUAUUUCACAUUAUGAUUGUUU